AUGACACAGAAGGCAAUAUUGGCUACGGAUGACCGGUCUUCGUUGCCGGCAUGUGCUAGAGAAGAAAGGUUGCUGUCGGAAACCGAUCCAUCUCGCAUCACUUCCAACCCAUCAGCAUGUUCUGUUAUUCCAGGGCUCAGCACAAAACAACGAGAAAUAUGCAUUUAUCAUCCGGAUACAAUGAAAUUUCUCAUUAAUGGCUUACGGAUGGCGAUCUCUCAUUGUCAACAUGCGUUUCGAGAUCAAGUAUGGAAUUGUACGCUCACAGUGCCAGGUGUUGGAACGACACCAUUGAAAAUUGCAUCCAAGGAGUCCGCGUUCGUGUACGCCAUUGCUUCGGCCGGUGUGAGUCACUCACUAGCGAAAGCGUGUGCAAAGGGGCUUAUCGAAGAUUGCGGUUGUGGACCCACACCGUCUUCAUUAUCAAAUAAAUUCGUUUGGUCUGGAUGCUCAGACAAUGUGCGGUAUGGUAACUCGUUUGGUAGGAAAUUCAUAGACAUGAAUGACAAGGUUCACAGUGAUGCAAGAGCUCUCAUGAACCUUCAUAACAACCGUGUAGGCCGUCGACUUCUCGCUGCUCAAAUGGCAAAGGAGUGUAAAUGUCAUGGUGUGAGUGGCAGUUGCGUGACAAAGACGUGCUGGAAAGUGGUGCCAAAAUUCGACGAAUUCGCUCAACUGCUUAAGCACAAGUAUGAUAUCGCUCAACAGGUGACUGUUGCUCCUCACGACAUGUCGCUUAUGAUUCGGGAACCUGCGUUUGAUGGAAAGCGUACGGAACGCUACCUCAAAGAUAAAAGAGAUAAACACAAGGCUUCGAAAGGUGAUUUAGUCUACCUUGACGCUUCGCCAAAUUACUGUUCUCUGGAUACUAGAGGCUGGCACACUGUGCGAGAAGUGGUCGAUGAGCCUUGUCAUUGUCGAUUUAUUUGGUGCUGUGAUGUACAAUGCGAAACAUGUAAGAAAGUAAUUGAUAGGAAUUUUUGUCGUUAG